AUGGAGAGAGUUCUUCCUGAAGAUAUCAUACUAAACAUAUUUUCUAGGGUUCCAUUUGAAUCUCUAUUUGAAUGCAGAUUAGUAUCCAAGACAUGGAAUUACUUCAUCUCUAAUCUCAAUUCCCCUUCUUCUUCUUCUUCUUCUUCAGAUUCAAAGGUAAGUUUCAUUUCCUUGAAUAUGUUACAAAGUCCCAAAUUCCAACUUCUUUAUCUAGAGUAUGAUGAAACCAAUAAUAAUAAUGAACAACAACUUAGAAUUUCAGAGAUCAAUCAUCCACCCUUUAGCAGAGUACCCUAUUGGUUAUCUAUGAUAUCUGGUGGUAAUGCUCCAUACCAGAAGAUUAAGUCUGUGAUAAUUGGUUCAUCUAAUGGUUUGAUUUGUUUAUCUAUACCUAGAGAUGGUUAUUUCGGGGAUUUUGAUGAUCCUCUCUAUAUCUUUAAUCCUGUUACUAGAGAGUACAUUUCGUUACCAAUUUGUGGUGGAAAUUGUUUGAAUGGUCGAAAUGUAUUUGGAUUUGGGUACAACUCGAAGACGAAUGAGUAUAAGGUAGUUAGAAUCUAUUAUGAAUCGAAGGGACAUACAGAAGCAGGACAAGUCCAGGUAUACACUCUUGGGGCUGGUAGUGGGUGGAGAAACAAAGGAGAGAUUGCUUGUUCCUUGCAAACGAAUAAUUCUUAUUCACCGGGAAUGAAUGUGGAUGGAGAGCAAAUCCAGGUUUUAGGAGGCUGCUUGUGUUAUGUUCUCAAAGCAAGAUAUGACACAAUUAAUAUAUGGUCAUUCAAGAAGAAUAAUGAUACUAGUAAGGAGGAAGAGGAUUCGUCCAAUUGGAGUUCGGUAGGCACCGUGCAAAUCCAACAUGACAAUCUUGCGCAAUUUUUCUACUUCACAAAGAGCGGUAACAUUUUAUAUUGGGAUGAUAAAAAAACUGCUUUAAGUUAUGACCCAAGAACCUCAAGUAUUAAAGAGCUUCUGAACGAUGGUACUACUGGUUUGGAAGUUUUUGAAACGAUUAGUUACCGGAGUAGCUUUGUUUCGUUGAAAGCGUUAGGAGAAGAGAAUGUGAAGAUGUUCGAUCGAAUCAACUGA